AUGGCUUCCAGCAACCAUGUGGACGAAUCCGAACAUGAGGAUCAGGCCGAGGAUGGAGAUGAGGAGGAUGAUGAGGAGGAUGAUGAGGAGGACGAUGAUGAGGAGGACGAUGAUGAGGACGAUGAUGAGGAGGACGAUGAUGAGGAGGACGAUGAUGAUGAGGACGAUGAUGAGGAGGACGAUGAUGAUGAUGUUAGAGGUAUAAUCCUCUCAGAAAACCUCACUGCUGCUCCGAAACCCGGAGGUAUCGUCAUCGAUGGUGCUGAGGAGGACGAGUACGUGGCUGGAAAAAAGGGAAAGGGGAAGAAACAGGCACCUACUCCCAACACAUCCACGCCGGAGGACCGACGGCGAUUCUUCGACGGCUGCCGCUUGCCAAAGGCACUGUCAGAUCUGUCGUGGACAGAGAAACAGCAACGACUCAUGCGGUAUGAGCUCCGGUUCAAGUUCAUUCUCGAGAGCCUUCAGCAAUCAGCUAAGGCGUUCUCUUGGAAGAGAUCUCGUCUGCAGGAACCGAGAGAGCGAUGA